AUGAGUGAAGAGAAAAAAAUCGGAGUGACUCAUUCGAUACGUGAGAAGCUAAAUUUUCUCGACGAGCGGCUCUGGAAACGGUUUCUGGCCCGUCGCUUGGAACUAAUAGACACUCUAGAUUUGAGUUCGAGGAAAGCCAGUGAGCAAGAGGACGAAAUCAAAAAAGUCGCCGAGAUUCUCCGGCUCGAAUUCAAAUACGGGCCUGAGUACUUCCCAGACUUCGAUAAGCUAGUGCGGGCAGCAGUACAGAGUGUUCGCCGGAACAGAAAAAGAUCAACGAAAAACCGCAAGGGUAAUGCAAAGAAGAGACGCCUAUCACAAGAAGAGCUGAGCCGGGCAGAGCUGUCGCGUGACGGAAGCGUGGGCGAAGUGUCUGGGAGCGAACGAAAUCACUUUUUGGCCGAAAUUGCUCGGAUCCAAGACGGCCAUGAUUCCGUAUACGAUAUGAACUACCCUAGGACACGCAUUUUCACGAAGCAAGACCAGACGCGGGCGGCCAUUGACUCAAUUAUUCAGCCGGUGAAAGUUGAGUCGAGGACGCCACAUUAUGGCAGUGUUCUUCUUCCGCCUAUAACCACCAUGCCGUUGAGCCAACAACAAACGGAAAACGAAAAGGAGCUCCAGACAAACCGCAUGUCCCUUCUCCUUAUGAUGAAGCGCCUGAAGCUGUGUUUGCAACUCACCAAUGUUCCUAAUAGUACCUUCGUGCAUCUUGUGGGUCAGUCUGCUAUAAAGUCCAUCUCAGCCUUGGUUUUUGAAAGGCUGUUCUCCACCCUAAACCAGACUUCGGUCGAUUACUUGCAAGAGAAAAUGUCGCUGCUGGCAUUUUUGGCCAACUUCUAUCGGAGCCUAGAACCGGAAUCGCCUGCUUGCCAAGCUUUGGACGAUGAUACGGCCACAACGACUUUUCUAAAUUUGAUUGGCUGUUGUAUCAAAGAUUUUGGCUUUGACAGAGUAUUGUAUCAACUCGGAGAAGCUUUCUACCGCAGCAUUUUGCUUGAGUACCCGUUGGUGCUGAAGUCAUCUCGUCCUUUUCUACGAACCGAAGUCGAGUCGGAGAAUAUUGGUGAAUCACAACAACCGCCUAACUUUUCUGCUUCGCUCAGUAAUUUGGCUAGUGUCGCUACAGAGCUUCGGACACAUUCCACAAGUGAGAAUAUACCCGAGCUUCAGCGAGAGGAGAAGAAACACGUGGUUCUUCGAUUCCUUUCGUCUACACUCGAGUUCACAUACCCCAUGAAGAAUUCUGCUCCACCCCGGCUUGUUGAAAUUAUGGAAAAUGCAAAACAAGCCUUCAAACUUAACGAUAACCAGAUAUACAGUUUGCGCAACACAAAGACUGGUGCUUUGGUCAGUUCAGAUUUCGACUUGGAAAAAAUAUUCGGUGGAGAGUCCAGUAUAAGCUUGGAAAUCUUCACGCAGCGGUUCCAAGCCAUUCCGAUUUACGAGCUCACUUCAGCAGUGACGUCCAACAAAUAUAAUGACGACUCGCCGAAAAUAAUACUACCACCUCCUCUCAAGCAUACGGCACCUCCCAUCCUCUCUGCUUCCAUGCAAAGAGCGCCGACAAAUUACCGGGCCCGGGCACCCAUCUUGCCCAAGUUCCAACCGCUUCUCUAA